GACACUGAGCCAGCUGGGUCCUGCAGUGGAACUUACCACUGCACUCGCCCCCCCUUUCCUUUUGUUUUUUCCUUUCCUCCUGGCACUGCCUCCCCGGAGGAAGAGCAGGAGGGUCCCUCGCUCACGCACUCCUCUUUGCAGCAGCCCGCUCGAGCGAUUCUGUUCCUGAUGUGUUUGGAAAACUGUCCAGCGCUAUGACCGAACCCGUGGGUCCUGGCUUUCAAUCAUCGUCUUCUAUGGAUUACAACAGCUGGAUGAGAAGAUAAAGGCUUUUCUCUCCUUUCUCAUUUCUUCCUUCCCACUUCUCCUGAAGCCAGAGCGGUUCCAGCUGGCGGGCACGAUGCUGGUGGGAACACUGCAUGGCCUGCUGCUCCUCUGCCUGAUUGAGGAGGGCAUCAGCAAAGUCAGAAGAUACUACAUCGGUGCAGUGGAAACCAGCUGGGACUACACACACAGCCAACUGCUCUCCGUGCUGCAAGCACCUGCAGGCAUGUCCAGGCCCUCAGGGCCAUGGCCACCCACGCCUGAUGUCCCUCCCCAGUACAGGAAGGCUGUGUUUGUGGAGUACCCUGAUGCCUCGUUCACACAGCCCAAGCCCAAGCCAGCGUGGAUGGGUCUCCUGGGCCCCACCAUCCGAGCAGAAGUCUAUGACACGGUGGUCAUUACGUUUAAGAAUCUGGCCUCCCGCCCAUACAACCUCCAUGCUGUUGGGGUGUCCUACUGGAAGGCAUCAGAAGGUGCAGGUUAUGAGGAUGAGACCAGCCAGCCAGAGAAAGAGGGUGAUAAGGUGGAUCCGGGGAAGACACAUACAUACAUCUGGGAAAUCCAGCAGAACCAGGGCCCAACGGAUGGUGACUCACCAUGCCUGACCCACUCCUACUCCUCCAACACUGACAGCGUGAAGGACAUCAACUCUGGCUUGGUUGGAGCCCUGCUUGUGUGCCGACCUGGGACCCUGACGAGCAGUGGGAACCAGGAUGUGCAGCAAGAGUUUGUGAUGCUCUUCGCAGUGUUUGAUGAAGGGAAGAGCUGGUACUCUGAGCCUGGCUCCCCAGCAGCUCCUCGGUCCCUGCCUCACAAGAGGACGGAUCUUCACACCAUCAAUGGCUACAUCAAUGGCUCACUGCCUGGUCUCACACUGUGCCUUAAGAAGCAGGUCCACUGGCAUGUGAUUGGGUUGGGCACUGGGCCAGAAGUCCACUCUAUCUUCUUUGAAGGCCACACAUUCCUGGUGAGAGGCCAUCGUCUCAGCAGCCUAGAAGUCUCUCCUGCCACGUAUCUUACAGCCCAGACCAUGCCAGUAACAGCUGGCUGGUUUCGGAUGUUCUGCCAGAUACUGUCCCAUCAGAGAGCUGGCAUGGAGGCCCUUGUGAAGGUGGAGGAGUGUUUGGAGGAGCGCCUGGUGAAGAUGGGGAAGCAGUCAGUUGAGCCAGAGUACGCAGAUUACCCUGAAGAAGAUGAGGAAAGUUACCACGUGAUCCAGGUGCGCUCUUUUGCCAAAGAGAAGCCUGUGACCUGGACUCACUACAUCGCGGCUGAGGAGAUGGACUGGGACUAUGCCCCCACGAAGCCAGUGUCUCUGGACAGAAACAUCACCAGCCUGUUCCUGGAGCCUGGCCCUCAGCGGGUGGGUUCAAAAUACAAGAAGGUGAUGUAUGUGGAGUACGAGGAUGCCACCUUCAGGAAGCGCAAGGUGUCAGAUCAACUGGACAAGGGAAUUCUGGGGCCCGUCAUUAAGGGUGAAGUUGGAGAUCAGUUUAAGAUCGUUUUCAGGAACCUGGCAAGCCGACCCUACAACAUCUACCCUCACGGCCUCACCAGCGUAGGCCCCUUCCACACUCUGAGGCCCUCUCAAGAUAAGGACGUGAAGGACAUCCCUAUUCCCCCCGGACAGUCGUUCACCUACAGCUGGAGGGUCACCAGCGAGGACGGGCCCACGCCAGCAGAUCCGCGCUGCCUCACCCGUUUCUACUACAGCUCCAUCGACCCGGAGCGAGACGUGGCCUCGGGCCUGAUCGGGCCCCUCCUGGUCUGCUCUAAGAAGUCCAUGGAUCAGAGGGGAAAUCAGAUCAUGUCAGACAAAGCCAGGUUUGUGCUGUUUUCUGUCUUUGAUGAGAACCGCAGCUGGUACCUGGAGGAGAACAUCAGGCAGUUCUGCACUGACCCAGACCACGUGGAGACCCAGGACCCCCAGUUCUAUGCCUCCAACGUGAUGCACACUAUUAAUGGCUUUGUGUUUGACAACCUCCAACCAAAACUCUGCCUGCAUGAUGUUGUGUACUGGUAUGUCCUGAGCGUUGGAGCCCAAACAGAUUUCCUCUCCAUCUUCUUCUCUGGAAACACGUUCAAGCACAAUAUGGUCUUUGAGGACGUGCUUACCCUUUUCCCAUUUUCUGGAGAAACUGUCAUCAUGAGUUUGGAAAAGCCAGGCAUCUGGAUGCUGGGCUGCCUGAAUCCUGAUUUCAGGGACCGAGGGAUGCGUGCCAAGUUCACCGUCUCGCAGUGCCAACAGGAGCAAUACCCUGAUGGGGAAGAAGAUUAUGUGGAUUAUGAUUAUGAGCAGGAAAACUUUGACUUCCAACCCAGGGGCUUCUCUAAAAGAAAGAAGUGGCACAGGCCAUGUGUGAAUGAGCAACUGAACAAUGUCACCUCUUCCAGAAAUGAGAUAGAGAAUCCAAGAUUGUGCUUGACAGAACCCAACCCUGGGGCCCUCCUGAGCAAUGGCAGGAUGUCUGAUCCACCUUCCAAUAGCACAUCAACAUCUUUAGGAGCAAUCCCACAUCCAUCUGGUAUUUCAACAUCUUCCUUACAAGAGACAAACGAUGAGCCAGUGUCCUAUGAAUCCUUCCUGGAAGAUGAAAAAGGAUUGUCAGAAAUCAUCAGCCAGGAUAAAGGGUUUGGGGCUGUCCCACCUGGAGAACACUUGGCAAGUGUCAGUGGAAGGGUCCAUGGUACCGUGGGCACAGAAGAAGGUCAGCAGUGGCUGCACCAAGCCAUGCCAGCUCCAGAAGAUGCUCUGGCAGGAAAGAACGUGACAAAAGUCUCAGAAGUGCAGGAGCCAGUAAAAAGGACAGUGGUCCAGUCUGGAAGUACAUUAGAGAACCUGGAAGCAAGGCCUCUAAAGACAACUACUCCAGCAACAAGCUUGUGGGCUUCAAUUGCUUAUGCUGCUAGCAAAGCUGCUCUUCAACAGAACAAGAGCUCACUUCACCAGAAUGGCCUGGAGCACAAUCUAGGACUUCCAGACAAGUCUUCACAGGAUCCUGAGGAUGAGUUGCUAAGAGGGGUUGAUAACAAAGCCUUAAAUCUGUACAAGUCAAAGGAGACAAUCAAUACAGAACUGGUUUUAAGUACUGAUCAUAAUUCUUCCUCCACAAUGGACAAUCCUUCUGCAGCUUCAGAUGAGACAGAAGACAACAGGACUUCUCAUGCUGUCAUUCACAGUCACACCAGAGAAAGCAAUUAUUCAUCAAAUGAGCUACAUGCUAGGCUGGAAAAAACACCUCAUGAAGUGAUUUCACAAGGCUUCUAUGAAUCUCUUGAAGGGAAAAACAUUUCCUUUUCAGACCUGGGAGCCAGAAAACCUGUCCAAGAAGAAAUCCUCACAGAUGAGAGUAACUCCUUGCCUGCAAAAAGUGGCACAGAGCAAGAGACCAGUGAACUUGCCAAAGGCACAAGCCUUCUAGAAACCACCUUUGUAAGCAGCAAUGACCUUGAGCCUUCCAGCUACAUAACGACAGAAGAGAAGGAUGAAUUAAUCUUGGAGGCAGUGUUUCAGGAUGUUACAACCACUAAGGAGAUGCCAGAGAUGGACAGUCUUGCCUUUCCUGAAUUGAAUGUCAUGGGCAAUGACACAAGGCAGCACCCAAAUUCUUUCUUGAACAGCCCUGAGCCAGUUCUGAGACACAGAGCUCCAGCCCCAAACAUGAGUGGCCCCGACUGGAGGCCUCAACAAACCCAGUCAUGGGAGAGCAGAGGCUUGAUGGAUGGUUUGACUCUUCCUAACACCAGUUGGCCUGGCAGCAGGAACCCCCUGUCUGAAGGUAACAGAACAGAGCAGGAUCUGGCCAGCCAGACCCUUGAGACAGCAGUGAGUAAGAAAGCUUCAAAGGUGUGUGGACUUCAUUCCCCUUUUUGCAGCGCUCGCUUCAAAAAGAGGUCCCUGAUAUCAAGUGACACUUUCCCUGAGGUGGCAGUGGCCCAGCAAAGCCCAGAAGAAAAUUCAAACAUGGUUGAAGGGAAAUUACACCUGGGCAGGGAUGUUCCACAGGCUCUGCUUGGAGAUAGUGCUGCUGAGAUGCAUCCUGAGGGGAAGCCAAGGACAGAUGGGGGUGGACAGAGCAGCGGUGAGGGGGCCCAGAGCAGGAGACAGUCCUCCUCCAUGUGGGGAACACUGGGAAGAAAGAUGGAGAUGGCAGCAAGCAGCUCAGAAACGCAGGGUGCUGCUGUGUCUGCAGACCUGGCCUCAAACUGGGACCCAGUCUCCCUGGGAGCAGUGGGACAGGCUGGGGGCUUGCAGAGCCCAGCUUUGGCUGGACUGCAGCCAGGCAGAGGUGCUGUCUGGGGGGGUCCUGGGAGUGAGCCAGCUCAGGGGAGAGGCCAGAUGGAGGAGGAGACAAACUCUGUGGAGCAACUGGGUCACUCCAGUCUUCAGUCUCAGCAGCUCAAGGACAAUGCCAUGCAGGGCUAUGUGCCUGAGAGCACACCUGGGCAGAGCCCAGAAGAAAUCCCACUGAGACCAGCCUCCAAAGAAAACUACUCCCUGUCUCCAAGCAGCCUCACUCACAACCACAGCACUACUAAAAUACCAGACAAAUAUGUGCGAGCCAGUCCAGAUGGAUGGCAGGUGCUUGGUGGGGAAGAUGUCCUCAGAGAAACUGGAAAGAGAGAGGGCCAGGGCCUGGGAGAGCCCAGGGAGUAUGGGACAAGCAAUAGCACGGCUGGGAAGAGGAGCCAUGCCCCAGAACAUAGGGAGAGACUGGCUCUGAACAAUGGGACCCAUUCCAGCUCCUUGAGGCCAAAGGCUGACAAGCAGGACUACGAUGAGUACAGCAACACAGAGCAGACCAUGGAGGAUUUUGACAUCUACGGGGAAGAGGAGCACGACCCGCGCUCCUUCCAGGGGGUGGUACGGCAAUACUUCAUUGCAGCAGUGGAGGUGAUGUGGGAAUACGGGAACCAGAGACCCCAGCACUUCCUAAAAGCCAUGGACCCGUGGAGCGGCAGGAGGAAGCCUUUCCGGCGGUACCGCAAGGUGGUUUUCCGGGAGUACCUGGACGAUUCCUUCACGCAGCCGCUGCAACGGGGAGAGCUGGAUGAGCACUUGGGCAUCCUUGGGCCGUACAUCAGGGCAGAAGUUGAAGAUGUCAUCAUGGUUCAUUUCAAGAACCUGGCCACGAGGCCCUUCUCCUUCCACUCCACACUACAAGCCUAUGAGGAGGGGCAGGACACACCGCAGGAUGGAGAGGGGGUGCAGCCUGGAGAUGUCCGGAAGUAUUCCUGGAAAGUUCCCCCCCAGAUGGCACCCACCACACAGGAGUUUGACUGCAAGGCCUGGGCUUACUUCUCCGAUGUGGACCUGGAGAAGGACCUGCACUCAGGCCUCAUUGGGCCACUGAUCAUCUGUCGCCACGGGGUGCUGAACUUCGUUUUCAGGCGUCAGCUGGCUGUGCAGGAGUUCUCCCUGCUCUUCACCAUCUUUGACGAGACCAAAAGCUGGUACUUCCUGGAGAACAUGGAGAGGAACUGCCGCCCUCCCUGCCGCAUCCAGCAGGACAACCCUGACUUCAAGAGAAACCAUUCCUUCCAUGCCAUUAACGGCUACGUGAGCGACACGCUGCCUGGGCUGGUGAUGGCUCAGCAGCAACAGGUCCGAUGGCACCUCCUGAACAUGGGCAGCACUGAGGAUAUCCACUCCAUCCACUUCCAUGGGCAGCUGUUCAGCGUCAGGACUAGCCAGGAGUAUCGCAUGGGAGUCUACAACCUCUACCCUGGUGUCUUUGGGACAGUGGAGAUGUGGCCCUCACAUGCCGGGAUCUGGCGGGUGGAGUGCAAAGUGGGAGAGCACCAGCAAGCUGGGAUGAGUGCUCUCUUCCUCGUCUACAACCUGAACUGCCAAAAUGCCCUGGGCCUGGCCUCAGGCUACAUUGCAGACUCUCAGAUCACAGCAUCGGGGCAGUAUGGACAGUGGGCUCCUUACCUGGCCAGGCUGGAUAACACAGGUUCCGUCAAUGCUUGGAGCACAGACCGCAGUGAUGCCUGGAUCCAGGUGGACCUUUUGCAUCUCAUGAUUAUUCAUGGCAUAAAAACGCAGGGGGCCCGACAGAAGUUCUCCAGCCUUUACAUCUCCCAGUUCGUUGUCUUCUACAGCCUCGAUGGGCGAAUGUGGAAGAAAUACAAGGGGAAUGCCACCAGCACCCAGAUGCUGUUCUUUGCAAACGUGGAUGCAAGUGCAGUGAAGGAAAAUCGCUUCAACCCUCCCAUCAUAGCCCGGUACAUCCGCAUCCACCCCACUCACUACAGCAUCCGGACCACCCUGCGCAUGGAGCUCGUGGGCUGUGAUCUCAACAGCUGCUCCAUGCCCCUUGGAAUGGAGAGCAGAGGGAUCCCUGACCAGCGUGUCUCUGCAUCCUCCUACAGCACCACUGUCUUCUCCAGCUGGUCACCCUCCCAGGCCCGCCUGAACCUGCAGGGCAGGACCAACGCGUGGCGGCCAAAGAGUGACAGCCCCAGUGAGUGGUUGCAGGUGGACUUUGAAGUAACCAAGAAGGUGACUGCAAUCAUAACCCAGGGUGCCAAAGCUGUCUUCACCCACAUGUUUGUGACGGAGUUUGCUGUCUCCAGCAGCCAGAACGGUGUGGACUGGAGCCUGGUCCUGCAGGAUGUCAAGGAGAAGAUUUUCAAGGCAAACCAAGACCACAGCAGCACAGUGAUCAAUACCCUGGAGCCUCCCCUCUUUGCCCGCUAUGUGAGGAUACACCCCCGGCAGUGGCACAACCACAUUGCCCUGCGGAUAGAGUUCCUUGGCUGUGACACUCAGCAGGAAUACUGAUGGCUGAGGACCAGGCAUGGGCAGAACCAGCAUCCAACCGGACACUGAACUCUCCCCAGGGCUGGAUCCAGCCCUCCAGGGCCCUGACUGCCUCUGCUGCCAGGGAGGAGAAGGCCUGCAGAGCUGUCGUGUCUGGCUCAUUAUCAGCCUCUUCCUCUCCCUCCUCUACCAGUUGCCAUAUAAUCACAUGUAAUGCUGAAGAACUCCACAGUAAUUUUCCAGUAUCUCUCUGCACUUUCUCCUCUACUCCAGCCUUGGAGUCCCUGGGGGCUCAGUCAGCAUUACUGGCAGCGAGUAAUUAAUUAGCUCCAGAGCUUCUCAGCUUCAUUUUGCACAAGCUGUUGCUGCCCAGGCACAGUCCUGGAGGAGGAGGAAGCAGUAAAGAUAAGGGCUGGGGGAGGAGACCCUGCUCCAGGCCCCAGCAUCCAUUUCACAAUUGGUGGGGACUGGUGACUUGUAGGAGGCAGCACUUGCUCAGCCUGACUCAGCUCUGGGCUUUGACCCUCCACUUCCAUUCAUCUCCUUCCCAUAACGCUCCUGCUGCCAGGGCUGGGUGCUACCCCCCUGCUUUCCAUGGCUGCCUUGAGCAAGCCCUCCUGGCUCACUCCCAGGAGUUCUGUAGGUGCCUCUGGUGAGAUGUUCACUACUGGUUGAGCUGCUGCCUUGCCGUGAUCCCAAGGUGGGUCACAGGCCAGAGACAUCUUCCCACCAUGGGUGGCUCUCCCCCUCCCUGGCACCUGCCCAACACCAUGGCAGAUGUUUCCCAGGAAUGGGAAUGAACAGGGUGACACUGGCUCCUGCCUCAUGCCUGUCAUGUUCUGGAACAACGGCCACCUCACGAAAGCCUGGAGUGCCCAGCGGGCUGUGGAGCAGGCACAGGGAAAUGCCUGCUGGGCAGCACACUUCUCCACAGUGUUGGCAGCAUUACCAUCACUGCUAGCUUGUCAGAGCCUGCAACGACCCAUCUCCAGCACUGUGAGUCCUCCCUCUAUGGUGGAGGAGCCAGGUGGCCCCACAAACACCUCUGGCAGCUGCUGUGGGGUGGGAAGCAGGGUUCUGAGGGGGCUUUGAGGAAUGGUGGGAGUCAGCCAGGUGCUGGCCACCAUUACAGUGGGAUGGGCAGGGUAGGGGUGCCAGCCCAGCAACAGCCAGCAACUGGCUUGUGAAUUCCCAUGACAUCCCCUUGGAAUCAGGUAGUCCCUGCUCACACCUAUAAGAGAUGCAGCCUGGGACAGUUCUGAGGAGAGCUCCACUGUCAGCACCAGGGGUUGGUCAUGGUCAGGAUGCCAGGGCUCUGCCAUGAAGCAGGGUGGUUUUGUGAGGAGCAACUGCUGCUCUAGGCCACCCCCUCAGGUGCACUGGGCUGGUGGUGGUGCACACAGAUGCUCCCCCUCUGUGGCCUGUGUCUGGAGGAAGCAGGGACACAGGUUGCAGAUGAGGUCGGUGGUAUGACCUGUCUGGGAACUUCCAGCCAGUGGAGAUCAGAAGUUGAUGUCUCACAUGAAACAGGGCUCCUCCUUGUUGUACAAGGAGCCUUUGCUGUGGCACUGGCAGUGAUGACAUUACAGUCUCAAACAGGAGAUGCAAUCACCCUUUGGCUUAAUUGCAUUCUGACAAUAACCAGACACAUGAGGGGAGGCUGCCUGGCAAGUGCUGGCCUGCAGAGAGGAAUUGGAGCUGUAAGUUUUUCAAAGAGGAAAAAGUGGCACAUUUGUCCUGUGACACAGAGUCAGUUCAGAGAAAAAGCUCAGUGCACCAGAGCCCCUUCUGGGUCAUUUUCAAAGAGGAAACAGGGCUGAAAUCACUGCAGGUGACCAAGCAGCCUUCAGCAACCAACUCUGAGCAGCUCCAGGGUGUUCUCCAGCCACCCAGGAAGCAGUAACGGGGCUGUGCUGAGCAAGAGCACUGGGAAAGGGUUUUGGGCAGGCAGGUAGAUGUGCCUGCCAAGCGCUGGCAUCCAUUACUGGAGGAGUCUCUUGGCAUGUAUCGUGUGGAGAGAGGAAACCAGACGCUGUUUCCUCCCAGUGUGAGUGACACAGAUCUGAGAUACAUCACAGCCUUCCCCCAGGUGUUUCUGUGCAGGGGAAGAGCUGGUUCAGCAAAAAGCCCUCUGCCUCUCAGCCAGGGGUUGCCCUGCUGAGUCUUCACCCCACAAAGAGCCCUGCUGGGGCUGCCUGGCUGAAUUCAGAGGUCUUAUGUUUUUUCUUGGCUCAGCUGCUAGGAUAGCCUGGGCUGUGUGAUCCAGUGAUCAUGCAGCUAUCUGGUAUCUCCAGGAAGACAAAACACAUCCUGCCAUCCCUUUCUAGUAUAACCCAGGCACAGUCUAUUUUGUAAUCCAAGGUGUACGAGGUACUUCAGUGCUGAGCCCCAGCCAGAUAAGCCAUGGGCCAGAGCAGCUUCUGAAUCUGUCUUCUCCUGUGCUGGAUGGAGAGCACCUCGUAUGCAGCCCCCCCCCGAGCCAGACGUGGUCACCUUUCUCAGGCAAUGUUGAUAGCACAUACCAGCAAUGGGCAGCAGCACGCUGAAGACAGCACCUGAGCAGGGACUGUGGCCAACAGGGAGCAAAGGGAACUUUUGAAAGCACAGUGUAAUUCCCAGCUCAGCCGUGGAGCUAGGGCCAAGCUGCUCACCACCUCCUCCACCUCACUUUCCUCAUGUGUAACCAAGAGAAAAUGAGCAGACUUAGACUUCCCUUUUCUGUCUGUCAGCUGUCUCUUGUCACAUUUCUCCUUCCAACCACAAAUUCCACAAUUAACUGCAGGGCUUCUCUCUGCUUUCCAUACCUCUUGCCUCCUACCCCAUAUUGUUACCAGCAUCUUUCUAUCCCAUGAGUGCAAGAGGAGCCUGAAGGCCAGGUGUCCUGCUCCCAGGAUGUCCCCAGGGCAGCACUUUCCAAAGCCACACCCUGUGAUCCCACUGGAUGUCCACACUACCCCCCACAACCUGCUCUCCACAGGAGAGGCAAGGCUUGCUCUCAAUGACUGCUCUUCCUGGGCUGCCUCAGCCACUGGGUGAGGUUGCUCCAAAGUGCUCUGCAGAUCCUUCUUGGUCAGCCAGGCCAGGGGAGAUGGCAGUCCAGGCAGUGUCCUCCACCCUAGUGGACAUGUCUCUUGGUGCUGAACACAAUCAGGCACCCUGUGACUUUUCUAGGCCCCUGCCCUAAUCUAUUAUUUUCUCACCCCAUUGAGAUUUCACAGGCUUUCCAUGGAAAACUGCAGACAAAGUCUGGGCCACAGGUCUCACCGUGCCCAGCUGCAAACCGUGGUUCUCAUACUUGUUUGUCUCCUGCUCCUGGUGCUGACUGCCCUGAUCUACCAUCACUGCAGGCCUGCUGUGCAACAUGGCAUACCACUUACACAGAUCUUGCUUAGCAGAACUUGCUUAGCAUUAGUAGAUAAAUUUGCUGAAGCCCUUGGCUGCAAGCUGUAAACUUUCACCCAGGUAUGCUGAACUUUUACCUAGUUAAGAAAAAGAAGGCCCCAGAGCUGGUUUGAGCUGGAAAAUAAGGAAGCAAGGAAAGCUGCUACCAUCAUCUGAUGAUGCAACAACCUUAGAGAGGAAACUGCCCACCUAGAGACAGUGAAGGGACCCAGUGAAGAAUGGGAAGACCCCAGAACCUAAUAUUAUUACUGGUCAGAACUGUUGUGGGGUGGGGAUUUUUUUGUUUGGGAUCCCUCUUUGGAGGCACCCAGCUCUGUAUGUCAGAUAAAGAAACCAUUUGUUUACUCAA